GUACAGCAAGCAGCACGGUACAGCAAUGUUGUUGCCGCUUCCACGUAAAUGUGCGGAGUUUUCGUUUUUGCGCUUAAUUUGUCACUUCAUCUAAUCUGCAGCAAGUGGUCGCCGUUUCUUUAAGUCCGCACGCAAGUCUGUCCGACAACAUGAGCUACAGUGAACGUGCUGUGCAUCAGCGAGCUCCACCAAAAGUCCAUCCCGAAUGGAGUGCCGAAGAAUAUCACGUGGAAUGAAACGGCUCACCCCCUGGCCGAGCGCUUCCGGUCUGAAAGGCGGCAAGUUCCGGUACAGGUGCUGCUGUGCAGUGACCGCACUGGCACUGCUCGCCAUUUCCUAUAUCAUUAUUACACUACUAGUAACGCAUACGUCCAAAUCGGCUUGCCAAAAUAGCUACGAAGUGAUAGAUGUAGUAUACACGUGGGUGAACGGAAGUGAUCCACAGUUCCUGCAAGAGCUGGCCCGCUAUUCCCCGACGCGAGAUAACGCCCGGUACGACGAUAAGAACGAGCUGCGAUAUUCGCUUCGUUCGUUGGAAAAGUACGCCCCCUGGGUAAGGAACGUGUACAUCGUCACGAACGGGCAGGUACCGUGCUGGUUGAACUUGGAGAAUCCACGCGUCCAGAUCGUGCCACAUGCCGACAUCGCGGACGCGGAUACAGCGCUGCCCACCUUUUCCAGUGCGAGUAUCGAAACGUUCAUCCACCGCAUACCGGGACUGUCGCAGCGGUUCCUCUACCUGAACGACGAUAUCUUUCUCGGCGCCCCGCUCCAGCCCGAUGAUCUGCAGACGCUCGCCGAAGGGGUGAAGGUUUUUACCGCCUGGAUUGUGCCCGACUGUGCCCCCGACUGUCCGUGGAUGUUCGUCGGCGAUGGGUCCUGCGAUCGCGACUGCUUCCUGGAGGAGUGCCAGUUCGACGGGGGCGAUUGCGACCAUCCCGAUUACGGUGCGGACCGGCAGCAUCCACAUCAGUUCCACGAUUACGAGGACGUUUCCGCACCGGAGGACGCGCUGGAACCAUUCGAGGAGGAGGGAGAGCAAAUGUUUAUUGAUGUGCCGAAGAUGUUCCCUCGUAUAGCGCCCCCGGGUAGUGUGCAGGCUUCGGAAAACAUUCGUGAUAUUUAUGAGAUUUUCCGCAUGAAAAGCACCAAUGGGAACUCCUCAACGCGGCUGCUGGUGGAGCGGUUCAACAAAGAAAAGAUGAAGCUUCGAAAACAGCACGCAAAACAGCGUACACGUGGGCGACAACGGACGGGCGGUCAGCAUGGAGCGGUUGUGCACAAUCGAACAAGCGAAGAUAAGCCACGGGAUGCGCAGAUGCCCUCGAUGGGUGUGGAUGCCGCCGUGAGCUCACAGGACAUCUUUGCCAACUCGCUAAUCCAUACGAACCGGGUGUUUAAUAAAGCGUACGGAUUCCACAACCGGAAGGUGCUGGCCCACGUUGGCUUUCUGCUGGACGUGCAGAUCAUUGAGCGAAUGCUGGAACGCUUUCCAGGCGAGUUUUUCGUCACCAAACAGCACAGGUUCCGAGCGAAGGACGACAUGCAGUACGCGUUCAGCUACUACCACUUCCUGAUGAGCGAAACGAGAAACAAAUCCGUCGGAGAGAUCUUUGACGACUUUGACACGGAUGCGUCAGGCACUUGGUCGGACCGUGAAAUUAGAACACUUUUGACGAAGGUGUACAAUCUGCCGCUGGACUGGUCGGCCGUUCGAUACUUUGAAGAGGUCGUCACAAACUGCUCCCUCCAGCAGAACAAUUUCCUUCCGCUGGAACACCAACAGGAGCAGCGACAGGUGUACCCGACGCUGGUGUACGAACGUUACGAGGAUUCAACCAUUCCAACGGUAACAAGGUCGCUGGUGGUCGGUUGUGCCGAGCUGGCCGACAUGAUGCGGGCCAACUUUGGGAAGGUUCCGCGCUACCGGUAUCACGUCAGCGCCAAAACCGGCAUCUACAGCAACUUCAAGAUGCUAACGUCCAACAUUACGCAGGUGGUCGAUGCGCUCGACGAGCUGCGCAAAACACCAAAAAAGUUUAACUGUAUUAACGAUAAUUUAAGCGACGAUCGGCCGGACGACAACCAGCUGAUCGGUGCACUGCUGGAGGAUUUCUAUCUCAGUCUCUUCCCCGCCCGCAGCAGCUUCGAGCUGGAGAGCACGUAUCGGAAUCGCUUCCAACGCUACGACGACUACCGGUCGUGGCUGUGGCGAAAGACGCUGUUCCGGAACUCGGUCUACUUGGUGUGUGGCGCCGCGUUUCUCCUGUGCGUACGGUUGCUCUGCUGCCGGCACAAGGGAAAGGUUGCUCGCACACUGCUACUGCUGGGAGCGGCACGAUCAUCGGGAGAUUACAAUAGCAUUUCCUAAUAUAGCCGUGGCUAGAGCCGGCGCUCUGGUACAAAAUGGUCCACAAAAAGGGUCCAGGAAAAUAA